UCGCUUUUCCGCUUCCCUGUCGUGUCAUCACAGUGUCGCGAGAGGCAGGGAGAGGUUUAGUUGUUCUGGUGGAGGAGGACUGUCAGCUCGGCCGGGACGGGCGGCGAAGGGGGAGCCUGGCUGCUGCAGGACGGGCACCACCUCCUCGCAGGCGGCUGGGAAGAGCAGCACACUCCGUGCGAUCGCAGCCAGGAAGCUGCCCAUCCCCCCACCGGGUGAGAGAUUCAUCACCGACCCCUCUGGGUGGGGAAGGAAGCAGCAGGGGAUCGGAUUGUCCCCGGCUACCGCUGGCGGGGUAAUGAUCCGGGCCGCAGACCUCCGAUCGUGACCGGUAAGGGCACCUGUAAUGUCCAUGGUCUGUGUGUGAGACUCGAUUAUUUUUUCUAUGCGGAUAUGAAGAGUAAGGUUCCCUCAGAUGCACCAAAGAGACAGAAAGGGGUACUUCUGAACCCUGAGCCUAUUGGGACUGUGAAAACCUUCCCAGCAGAUGUGGACAUGAUUGCCAGUAAGGUCGGCAACGAGUUCUCUCACUUGUGCAGUGCCUCGAGUAAACAGCAGAGGAACUUAAACACCAGUGACACAGAUCAGGAGAAGGGCUUGGUUGUACGAAAAAAGAGGAAAAGCCAGCAGGCUGGUCCUUCCUAUUCACAGAGCUGUGAUGUUAAGGAAAAUCAGAGACUUUUAGAACUAAAACUCGAGCCUCAGAGUGAUGAGGACAAUGAUUCCUCUUUCAGUGACUGCUUGUCUUCGCCUUCAUCUAGCUCCCAUUUUGGUGACUCUGAUACUAUGACGUCCGAUGAGGACAAGGACAGCCCUAGACACUUCUCACCUACAGGUGUAAAUAAUACAGACAGAACUCCUAGUUCGAGGGCUCACAAAUGGCCCCGUGCGCAGCCAGAGCCUGUGUCUAGUAUGUUAAUGAAGCGGCCUUGCUAUCAGGUGAGCUCCUUACGGAGGCCUGUGCAUCGGAAGACUUUUGUGAAAAAGGGUUCAACUCAAAGGACACAGAAGCAAAAAGAUCGGAUAUUAAUGCAGAGGAAGAAGAGAGAAGUGCUGGCAAGGCAGAAAUAUGCUUUGCUUCCUAGCUCCAGCAGUUCUAGUGAGAACGACCUCAGCAGUGAGUCGGCCUCCAGUUCUUCCACUGAAGGAGAAGAGGACAUAUUUGUGUCUCCUGGGGAAAACCACCAAAAUGGUACAUCUCUUCCCUCAGGUAGCAUUGAUGAGGAUGUUGUUGUUAUUGAGGCAUCAUCCACACCGCAAGUUCCAGCCAACAACGAAGAAAUCAACGUUACCUCUACUGACAGUGAGGUAGAAAUAGUGACUGUCGGAGAAACAUACAGAUCUCGCUCUACACUUGGACACUCACGAUCUCCCUGGGGCCAAAAUUCAAACUCUCAAUCUGGAAGAACCCAGGAGCACAGAAGUCGCAGUCGUGUUUCCACCGUUAUCCAGCCUCUAAGACAGAAUGCAACUGAAGUUGUAGACCUGACUGUAGAUGAAGAUGAUCCUACAGUUGUGCCAACUACCCCUGUCAGGCUAGAAUCCCAGCCUGUCAGCGCUGUUUCCAGUAGUACAUCCAUCUCAGAGCUGGCCUCUGAUGCUAUUUUAGGACCCUCUGGGUCUCAGGCUUCCACAGUUGAGACCUCUCCCAUCACCCCUAGUAACAGUACAGCAAGCUUGACAGCAGAUGACAGCAGAAGGUCUACGGGCGCUGCAGAUUGUGGCACUCCGGCAAUGCCACGCUUACCAUCUUGCUGCCCCGAGCAUUCACCCUGCGGAGGAUCUGCACAGAAUCCCCAUGUCCUAGGACAUCCUCUUUCCAGUUGUUAUCCAGCUCACAGUCACCACUUUCCACAUCACCAUCACCACCAUCAUCAUACUUCUCACCCCGCCGUUCCUCUGUCUCCUCCUUCUUUCCCGGACUCUCACUGUCCUGUGGAGAGAAGCGCUCCUGUGCCACCACCUUGCGGAGCGACAAGCAGCUCUUCUGCCACCUAUCAUGACCCGCAAGCCUUGCCUGUGGAUCUCAGCAAUAAUGGUAUAAGAAACCAUGGAAGUGUUGGAUUUCAUAGCACCUCUGCUUUUGACCCAUGCUGUCCUGGCUCUUCAUCACGAUCUACUGUUUAUGGGCAUCAGUCAACUGCCAAUACUCCACAAACUAUAGCUAUCGAUGGCUUCGGGCCUAGCUUGGUAGCUCAGGCACAGCCACCUCCACAGACUUCUCUUUCCUCUUGUCGGCAUUACAUGCAUUCUCCAUAUGCUUCACUUACAAGGCCUCUCCACCACCAGCCAUCAGGCUGCCCUCAUUCACAUGCAAAUCCCCCACCACAACCACCACCACCUCCUCAGAUGGACUAUGUCAUUGCCCAUCCAGUACCCCCUUUUCACCCAUCUCUCCCAAGCCUUUCUUCUACGCAUCCUGUGCCUCCACCACCUCCAUCUCACCAUUUCACAAGUGCUGCUGCUCCUCUUCCUCAGCAUCUCUCCACCUCCCACCAGUCCAUGUCCCAUCAUAUUUCUGCAACAGCACCUGCUACACAGAGGUUGCACCCUCAUGAAGUUAUUCAAAGGAUGGAAGUUCAGAGACGGCGUCUGAUGCAGCAUCCGACACGUGCUCAUGAGCGCCCACCACCACAUCCGCACAGAAUGCAUCCAAACUAUGGCCAUGGUCACCAUAUUCAUGUACCACAGACAAUGUCCUCACAUCCCAGGCAGGCUCCUGAUCGCUCAGCUUGGGAGAUAGCAAUUGAAACUGGAGUGACUGCAGCCCCCUACCAAACAGGUCCUUUACAUCCCCAUUUAGCUCACUACCAUCCACCUCCUAGGCUACACCACUUGCAGAUUGGGGCUCUUCCCUUAAUGGUUCCAGACAUGGCGGGCUACCCUCACAUCCGCUACAUUUCAUCUGGAUUGGAUGGAAGGUCAUUCAGAGUUCCUUUCAGGGGCAAUUUUGAGGAGCUAAUUCAUUUAGAAGAGAGGCUUGGAAAUGUGAAUCGUGGCGCCUCACAGGGGACUAUAGAAAGAUGCACAUACCCACACAAAUACAAGAAGGUAUCCACUGAUUGGUUCUCACAGAGGAAGCUGCAUGGCAAGCAAGAGGGAGAGGAAGCCACUGAGGAAGACACUGAAGAAAAAUGUACGAUUUGCCUUUCUAUAUUAGAGGAAGGUGAAGAUGUCAGGCGCCUCCCAUGUAUGCACCUCUUUCACCAAGUGUGCGUGGACCAGUGGCUGAUCACAAAUAAAAAGUGCCCCAUUUGUAGAGUGGACAUUGAAGCUCAGCUUCCUACAGAAAGUUGACAUUUCUCAAAUCAACAUUAUGCCCCUUUACACCCCUCGGUACUGCAGCCAACCAAAGAUGGCAUGACUUAACUGCACAGAUAUGGAAUCAAUAAAUUUGUCUCAGUAUACAACUAAUGCUAUAGACUCCCAUUUGUAUACAGAUCAUUUUAGGUCCUUUGCUGCUUACAAGUUUCUUGUAGCAGGGAAGGGUAAAUGUAUUUAUGAAGCGGAUUUAUUUUAUUUUUUUUGUUUUGGGUUUUUCUUUCCCUCGCCCUUCAUUUUUUUUUUUUUUUUUUUUUUCAGUUUGUUCUACUAUAUGUAUUUUGCAUGGAUUCUUGUAUUGCAUUUCUUUGCACAUUAUGGGCUUUGUGAACCCUUAAACUUGCAGGCAAGAUCUAGCUGCUCUAGUUGAUAGAAUUGUGAGCGUGUGUGCGCGUGUUCUUACAUAAUCCAAGCCUAAAUGGAUUUCAUUCAUUACUAACAGUGAAGUCCUUAAUUUUAUCGAUCAUUAAUUUUAGUUUGUAUGUAUAAAGUUCUAGAUGAAAUAAAGGAAAAUUUUAAUGUAUGAAAACAUUCCUUACUAAGGAAAGAUGGGCUGCUGUAUUAAAAAAAGAAAGAAAGUGCUGAUUCAAAUAACAUUGUUUUUGAUGCCGAGAUCACAAUGCUUCGAGACUAACAGAAAAUAAAUCCUUGCCACACGUUUUGUUCUGUCUCCAAAAAGGUGUUUAUAAAUCAGUCUUCAGCACAAUGCAGAUAUAUUUAAAUGUCAAUAUUAAGAAGUUUAGACUGCUGUUCACAUAUUUAUUUUAUGGACGUGAUUUUCUUUGCUUCUGUGAAACUGCUCUAACCAAUUGUCCAAUAGCAAGUAGUCAGGUACCUAUUCUUACUAAUGAUGGUAAGACCUUUCCUCCACAGUUCUAACAUUAUAUGUAUAGUCUUAAUAGCAGCUGUUAUGGCAGGUGUCCAUUCAACCAGAGAACUUUUUAAAGGUCCCCAUAAACUCCCUGAGAGUUUCUGAUUUAAUAAACUUAGCUAAAUGAA